AUGAUGGCCGAAAGUGUACAAACUCGUCCCGGAAAUCCUUCGAGACUUGAACAGGCUUUCCCAAUGGUCACUGAAUUGGCAUCUCUAGACGAACGAGAUGUUAUUCAUGGCAGACAGGUCUAUCAAGACUGUGGUUUCUUCCAAUAUAACGAUAACACUUCAGAAUGGCAAACAUGGCUGUGUGUUGAUACGUCGUCAUCAACGACUACAACCUGCAAAACCAUCAAUGAGAAUUUCGGAUGCUUUGUAUGGAUGCCGACAACUUGCUAUGCUUCAACUGAAAGUGCAAGAUGCAACAAUCUGGACAAAAAGCAGUUAUGCUGUACGGAUCCAACCUUCUCGGAAUGCAUGAUAGCUCAGAAGACUGUGGGCACUCAGAAGCUCACGGCGUAUGUCUGCGCAAAUAACCCAAUGGAGGUUUCUAUAUAUGAAUCAACGUACUUUCCAACGUCGACGUCAGAAGAAGAAACAUCAAGCACGGGCACGGAAUCAAGUGGCACGCCAGAGACGAGCAUCAGUCGCCAGAUCAUAGACGUUGAUUCGACCAUAGCAUCAACCACUGGCGAACAGACCUCUAAUUCGAACGAUUCUUCAUCAGACAACGAGUCCAGGUCCUCCAGUACGCCUAUCGGACCUAUCGUGGGAGGCGUCAUCGGAGGCCUAGCGCUCAUUGCACUUGUCGGUCUUGGUAUCUGGCUCAUUCGUCGCAAGAAACAGCAUCCUGGUGCUGUUCCUUCUCAAGGAGGUUAUCAUCCUCAGUCUCAGUCGUUGCCCCAUUAUGAUUAUGUCAAUCCUGCAUAUGCCGCCCCUCAGUAUAAUCAACCGCCUAUGUCCUCAACACAAGCAAAUGAGUCCCAGCGUUUCAGCAACUUGCCCUAUGCAGCGAGCCCUCAAGCUUCGGAACUUCCAUCGCCCCCGGCUCGUCCGAAAACACCUGAGUUUUGA